AUGCUCUUAUAUUUUAUUGUUGUUGCCGUAUGUGCGGUUGCAGGUGUUGCGGAUGCUGCUUUUCAACCGUCUUUAGCUCUUUUCGAUGCGAAACUUAACGAAACUCUCUCCAUUACGACGUGGCGUAAUGUAGAUUUGGGUUUGCGUAGCACCAUUUAUGCGGGACCGAAUCCUGCGCGCUUAUUUGCGUUGCAUGCAAUUGUUAAUUUUAGCAACUACGGGACUGAGGAGAAACGUGUUUUGAAGGUGAAAAAGUUUCUAUUUCUUAUUCCCUUCUGCACACCUUUUAAUAGUUCCUCUGAUGCAGCACCCAAAGUGGAUUCGUGUUCUUUACUUCAUUUUGGUGGCACGAUUCUGCUACGAUUUCGUGGCGGAUGGGAAAGUCAUUUCGUUUCUUUAUUGCGGAAAGACUCCGUUUUGGGGCCAACAAAUAAAGAAGCUGUGCGACGCUUCAUUUCAGUAACUGGUGGUAGUGGUGGUAAUAAUAGCAAUUUAACCUUUCCAUUUCCAAUUGAAGGUACGGCAUCAUCAAACUUGCCCUUUUUUGGUGGAGGACCGCGCCACGACGCUGUUCAAAGUUGUAAUGAAUUAAUUGAUGAAUGCGUCCAGGCCAGCAGUUUCCGCUAUACGGAUAGUUAUAAAAACAUACCGCUGGAAAGUUUUAGUGGAAGGAUUAUUCAUCACCCGCAUAAUCCACUUUCAUGGAAUACGCCAUGGCUCCUGCGGAUUUCCGCUGCAUUACCACCCGACUCGGCAUGUGAAGUUGAUAUUUUGGUUGUGUUACGUACGCCUGCCGAUGCGUUUCAUUUCCGCAUGUGGUUGACGGGGUCAGUUACCGGAUCUCUGUUUCUGCUUGGUGGAUGUUUAUGUAUAUUUUUUUCAUUUGUUAUUGGUACAAAAGAGUUGGGUGUGCGACUUUGGCGGGCUGUACCAUUGGAGGGACGGCAACGUACCGUUCUUUUUGAGGAAGUUGAAGGUGAUGACCUCCCGUGUUUCCCAAUUCUUCGAAUUCUUGCAGCGUUGCGUCGAGCCGGUGUUGAAGUUUGGACUGAGUUGUUGUUACCGACAUUACGCACGCUUCUUGAACGUAUCCGUCGUUUGUUCCGUAGAUCUCGAGAAGAUGAAGGUGUUAUUUUGAUUUCUGCUGAUGAGGAAACACUUGGCGCUGGUAAUACACGUGAGGGAGGAACGCGCGGCACUUUGGCGCAAGGGACUGAUGGGAAUAACAAUAAUAAUAAUAAUAAUAGUGUUGAUGACGAUGAUGAUGAUGGUGAUGAUGGUGAGAGCGGUGAUUUGUGCCGAAUAUGCCGGUGCACCGAUCCUGUUGAGGAUUUGUUUUCUCCUUGCGCUUGCGAUGGCACAUCAAAGUAUGUCCACAGGCAAUGCUUAGAAAAGUGGAGAAACACCACAACGAAUGUGGAACAUAGACGAGUUUGCGCUGAGUGCAAAACUCCAUAUACUUUAGUACUUGAGUGUGUUCCCUUGUCGCCGUAUGGCAGUGCGCGUCACCCCGUUUGCGUACCCACUUGUUGCAUUCUUCUUUCUUACGUGAUGCGCCUAUUUUUAAUUUUAGUUGUGUUUUGUCUUGGUGGAUAUUACCUCAAAGUUUGUAUGUAUAUUGCUACAGGCUUUGAUGGAGGUAUUCUGUGGAGUUUCCAUCAUUUCUAUCAUUGGGUACUUGGACUUUAUUUUGUUAUUGCCUUCUGUGUUAAUUUAAUUGGUUUGGAAUAUGUCCUUCGAGACUUUCCUAAAGCUUGGCAGCAGUUGUUGAUUCUUCUCAUUUCUGUCGGUGUAGUGGAGAUACCGCUAAAUUAUGUGGGUCAAUUCUUCGUAUUGAUGCUCUGCAGUACGGAUGUACAGUUGGAGGUUUCAUAUGGUGUUGGGAUUCUUACGGCAUCAUUAUUUUACUCCCAAGUGCUUCCUUCAGUUUAUGAAGGCAUGGAGUCACUUUUGGGAGUGAGAGAAGUCGUAGCUCCACGUAACGCCGACAUCGUGUAG